AUGCAUCCCUGCUAUGAAUCAGAAAAUGCCACUUAUACUUUUACAAACAACCCUUCCAUAGCAUGUGUUAUAUUGUAUAUUUUCCUUGGUUCAUUGUCUGUUGUCACAAUAUUCGGAAACCUUCUUGUAACAAUUGCCAUAAUUUACUUCAAACAGCUUCACACGCCUACUAACUACCUCAUCCUGUCUCUGGCUGUGGCUGACCUGCUUGUAGGAGUUGUAGUUUUCCCUUUCAGCAUGGCCUUCACUGUUACUUCGUGUCUGGAUCAUGAAGAUUUAUUUUGGAGAUAUUAUGCAGUGUGUCAGCCUCUGAAUUACAGAUCAAAAAUAAAUACUCAAGUUACAAUGCUUAUGAUACUGGUGAGCUGGGGCAUUUCUGUAUUAAUUGGAACUUGCAUUAUAAUUGCAGGAUUCAGCCAAGGUACGUGUGAAGAAGUGUGCUCUGUUGAUGUUGUAAUUGCAAACACUAUGGGACCUGUUUUCUCAUUUUACCUUCCAGCAAUCAUUAUGCUUUGUAUAUACCUAAAGAUUUUCCUUAUUGCACAGAAACAAGUAAGCACCAUCCAAAAUGCAAUCUGUCAGAGUACAAAAUCUGGAGCAACUAUUAGUAAGCUAGAAAGAAAGGCCACAAAAACGCUGUCUAUUGUUAUGGGAGUGUUUCUUUUAUGUUUGAGUCCUUACUUUAUUUGCGUUGUCUUUCAGCCUUUAGCUCAUAAUCCCCCACCGAUUCCUGUGAUUGAAACACUUAAUUGGCUUACGUUGUCAAAUUCAAUGUUAAAUCCAUUAAUUUAUGCUUUCUUUUAUAGCUGGUUCAGGUCAGCUUACAGAUUGAUUGUUUCUGGAGCAAUACUUCAUUACAUUGCUGUCCACUGGGAUCAUCUCACUUCUUCUGCUCCUUGUCUGAUUGGUUGA